AAAGCAAGACGACGAGACACCCGUCCCCAUCAACCCCUUUCGAACCCCACCAUCAAAUUACAAACUUACGGCCCUGCGCGGCAUUUUUACAUUCACGAGAACGGGGCAACGGGCUAGUUUUUCCGCCCGAGGAUGGCCGCGAUGCUGUCCAAUUGUUCGCGUCUUACGCCUCGUGCUUUGACACGUCUAACUCAUUCUCAAUCUAAGAUUGUGAGAUCCUUUCAUCGUGUAUUUAUUCGAACAAAAUCUAUUCACGAUUCGAAAUCACUAAAGUACUUAAAUACCAAUAACAAUCAAUGCUGGAAGAUUCAACAAACAAGAUCUUUUCGCUCAGCACCUGCGCUAUGGGAUGUAAAGGACAUUGUUGUCCCUCCUUUUGGAGCGGAAAGUGUAACCGAAGGCGACGUGAGGUGGGAUAAAAAACCCGGCGAUCAAGUUAAGGAAGAUGAAGUACUUUGUGAAAUUGAAACCGACAAGACCUCAGUUCCGGUGAACGCGCCAGGAAAUGGAGUAUUGAAGGAAAUUUUUGCCAAAGAUGGUGAGACGGUGAAACCUGGACAGAAAUUGUGUUCAUUGGAUAUUGGAGCGACAGGAGGAGCGGCGCCAGCUGCGGAAAAAGCUGCACCACCUCCAGUUGUAGAAACUAAAAAACCUGCAGCAGCAGCAGCUCCACCACCGCCUUCUGCUCCUGCUGCAGCGGCUCCUCCAUCACCAACACCUCCGCCGCCGCCACCACCUCCUCCUCGUCCUCAACCACCUCAAGCACCCGCGACUUCAAUGCCAGUUGCCGCGAUUAAGCACGCUCAGUCCUUGGAAGGCGCGAAAGUUCAACUUCCACCAACUGACUAUUCACGUGAAAUAAUUGGCACUCGAACGGAACAACGGGUAAAAAUGAAUAGAAUGCGUUUGCGAAUUGCCGAGAGACUUAAAGACGCACAAAAUACAAAUGCCAUGCUUACGACUUUCAACGAAAUCGAUAUGAGUCGUUUAAUGGAAUUCAGAAAAUCAAGUCAAGAGCUCUUUAUGAAGAAAUACGGUCUGAAAUUGGGCUUCAUGAGUGCCUUUAUUGCGGCGAGUGCUUAUGCAUUAAAGGACCAACCGGUGGUGAAUGCAGUGAUUGACGGCAAUGACAUUGUCUAUAGAGAUUAUGUCGAUAUAAGUGUUGCCGUUGCGACACCAAAGGGCCUCGUCGUUCCCGUUCUUCGUAGUAUAGAAAAUAAGAAUUUCGCUGAAAUUGAAAUUGCCAUGGCAGCGAUAGGCGAUAAGGCAAGAAAAGGAAAAAUUACUGUCGAAGACAUGGACGGCGGUACUUUCACGAUAAGCAAUGGUGGAGUAUUUGGCUCACUAAUGGGAACUCCCAUUAUUAAUCCACCUCAAAGCGCAAUUCUCGGUAUGCACGGUACCUUUGAGCGACCAAUUGCUGUUAAAGGACAGGUUGUCAUUCGACCAAUGAUGUACAUUGCCCUGACCUACGAUCAUCGAUUGAUCGACGGUCGUGAGGCAGUUAUGUUCCUCCGUAAAAUCAAGGAUGCUGUCGAGGAUCCUAGAAUUAUUUUAGCCGGUCUUUAAAGGAAACGAAAAUAAAAAAAAAGAAUCACUAAAAGCGAAAAUUGGAAAAUACGCUUUUGAAAGAAAAAUACGCCUCUUGUCCCGUUAAAUAAACCAUUAUUAUCUGUACAGAAAAAUGAGGUCGAUUUUUCAUUGCUAAUCGCUGAUUUUCAAGAACACUUUUUAAUGAAAAAUUGACUCGAGUUUCCCAAAGUCAACUGAGUGUGCAUGUGCGAAAGAAAGAGAGAACGAGAACAAUCGGCUUGGACAAGUGCUGUAAAUAAUGUAUUAAGAAAAUUUAUACUCAGUGAUGGGAGUUCAAAGAGCGAGACAAAUGCGGCAAAGUCAAGAAUUUUAAUAUUAAAACGAUUAACAUUUAAUCAUUAAAUUCUUGACUUGGUAAUUGUAUUAUUUAAACGAAACUACAAUUUUUUAAAAAUAAUUUUCAUUUGUUUUUGUUUUUUUUUUUUUUUUAAAGAGUAACAAUUUUUUCGAAUAGAUAAAAAAUUGAUUUUUAUGAAUUAUUUUAUUAAUGAAAGUCUGCUACGUCUCAAGAUCGUUGAUCGAAGAAAUAUUUAGUAAUAAUUUUUUUUUUGAUGUAGUUUAUAAUUUAUUUUUAUCCCGACACGACUUUUGCACGAACAAGACGUCACUGAGAAGAAAAAGAAAAACUAAAAUAAUUUAAAAAUAAAAAUCUUACAACCGACCGAAUUUAGAAACUGUUAUUUGUCACUUAUUAGAUGUAUCUGAAAUAAUAAUAAUAAACACGCCGAUCUAUAAAUUA